AGGGCAGCCACUGGUCGCGCACACGGCGGCCGCGGCGAGCGUGGGGCGAGCGUGGACCGCGGCGCGGCGGUGCGACUCCUUCCCCGGCCCUCCUGCCCGCCCCAGGCGAGGGCACCGUGUGGCGGCGGCGGGGCCUGCGAGGCCGGAGGAGGCGGCCGUGCCCGGGCAUGGUGGUCUGGGGCAACGCGGAAGCAACUACGAAGGGUUUCACGCGGAGGAACUGGAUGCCCUGAACUUGACAUUCUCGUGGGGGGAACAACAAUGUGAAGCACCAGCAGUGAUUUGCAUUUCUUGAGGGCCUCUGCGUGUGGACAGCACUGAGCUAGGUGAGAAUCGGACCAACUGUGAACAAGAUGAAUCCAAGGGUGGUAAACAAGAUGACACUCCGACUGUCCUUUCUCCUGUGGAGGGUCCGCUGGACCUGCCGCCUCCAGGAAACCACAGAGGAUGCUCUGACCUUAAAGCACGUGUCCACUUUCCCCGGGUUCCGCUCUGAAGUUUGAAGCACUGCAUUUUCUUGUCCUUUCCGAUGGAAAUACCCUGUUGUGAAAAAGGAAGGAAUUAUCUUUCUCAAGCUGACAUCACGAUGCUGGCAGACUUCAUCCCGGUGCUCAUCGCCCUCAGUGUCACCAGCUCAGCGGCCGCAGGAUUCAGGUCCAUAGCCGAAGAAGAAGAUGCGCUGCUCAGACAUUUAUUCCAAGGUUACCAGAAAUGGGUUCGCCCUGUAUUACACUCUAAUGACACCAUAAAAGUAUAUUUUGGGUUGAAAAUAUCUCAGCUGGUAGAUGUGGAUGAGAAGAAUCAGUUGAUGACAACAAACGUGUGGCUCAAGCAGGAAUGGACAGACCACAAAUUACGCUGGAAUCCAGAUGAAUACGGUGGAAUUCGUUCAAUUAAAGUUCCGUCAGAAUCUCUCUGGCUGCCUGACAUAGUUCUCUUUGAAAACGCUGACGGACGGUUCGAAGGCUCGCUCAUGACCAAGGCCAUCGUGAAAUCCGACGGGACCGUGGUGUGGAUGCCUCCCGCCAGCUACAAAAGCUCCUGCACCAUGGACGUCACCUUCUUCCCAUUCGACAGGCAGAACUGCUCCAUGAAGUUCGGAUCCUGGACUUACAACGGGACCAUGGUUGACCUCGUCCUGAUAGACGAGAACAUGGACAGAAAAGACUUCUUCGACAACAGAGAGUGGGAGAUUCUCAACGCCAAGGGCACGGCGGGGAGCAGGAGAGACGGCGUGUACCGGUACCCGUUCAUCACCUACUCCUUCGUGCUGCGCCGCCUGCCCCUGUUCUACACCCUCUUCCUCAUCAUCCCCUGCCUGGGGCUGUCCUUUCUGACAGUGCUUGUCUUCUACUUGCCUUCUGACGAGGGGGAGAAGCUCUCCUUAUCCACCUCCGUCUUGGUUUCCCUGACAGUGUUUCUCCUGGUGAUUGAAGAAAUCAUCCCGUCCUCCUCCAAGGUCAUCCCGCUCAUUGGCGAGUACCUCCUGUUCAUCAUGGUCUUCGUCACCCUGUCCAUCAUCGUCACCGUGUUUGUCAUCAACGUCCACCACAGAUCUCCCUCCACUUACCACCCCAUGGCCCCCUGGGUUAAGCGGCUGUUUCUGCAAAAACUCCCUAAAUUACUUUGCAUGAAGGACCACGUGGAUGGCUACUCUUUCCCGGAUAAAGAGGAGAGUAAACGGGCAGUGAGAGGUAAAGUCCUCGAAAAAAGGAAACAAAAGCAGAUUAGCGAUGGAGAAAAAGUUCUGGUCGCUUUCCUGGAAAAGGCUGAGGAUUCCAUCAGAUACAUUUCCAGCCACGUGAAGAAAGAGCAUUUCAUCAGUCAGGUGGUGCAAGACUUCAAGUUCGCAGCUCAAGUUCUCGACCGGAUCUUCCUCUGGCUCUUUCUGAUCGCGUCUGCCACCGGCUCAGUGCUGAUUUUCACCCCUGCUUUGAAGAUGUGGCUACACAGUUACCAUUAGGAACAAGUCUCCAGAGCAAUCUAAACCGCACACAUAAAGACAGAAUUACACCCUAGAACUGACAUCCAGCCCCCACGUGUAUACAGCAUCCAGGCGCACGUGCUUAUCAGGAGGCCCCGAGUGCAGACGGCAUCUUGUGUCAUCCUCAGGGAGGUUGAACCUUGGUUGCCGUGAGAGUGAGUUGGGUUUACAUCAGGCAGACCCUCCUCAGACCCCUGCCUUGGCUUCUGCAGACAUUCAGGGAGGAAUCGUGUGUCCAGGCCUGAGGUCACGAGCCGAGACACACUAGGACUGUGGCAGUGGCCCAUGAAGAGUUCCAGGAGGAGGUGUGGGCAGACCCAGGCCUUUUCCUAGAAAACUGAAAUUCUGAACAUGCUCUGAUAAUGGUUUUUUAUAUCCCUUCAUCUAAUCUAAUCCAUUUCAGCUGCACUCUCCAGGCUUUCCAUUCCGUUUCUUUCCUCUUCCUCCUUCUCCUUCUCCUUAUUCUUAUUCUUCUCUUCUUCUUUUUCUGAGAACAUUUAAGUUCUACGUUCUUAGCAAAUUUCAAUUACACAAAGCAGUGUUAUCAACUGUAGUCACGUUUUACAUGAGAUCCUCUGACCUUAUUCAUGUUAUAACCCAAAAUGUAUACCCUUUUACCAACCUCUCCCUAUUUCCCCGCCCCCUAGCUCCUGAAAACCACUUCUCUACUCUCUGUUUCUAUGAGUUCAACUUUUUUUUUUCUUUUUUUUUAGAUUUCACUUAUAAGUGAGAUCAUGCAGUAUUUGUCUUUCUGUGUCUGGCUUAUUUCACUAAGCAUCAUGUCCUCUGGGUUCAUCUAUGUUGUCACAAAUGACAGGACAUUUGCUGUCCUGUCAGCAAAUGGUUGAAUUAUAUUCGGCUGAAUUCAUUAUAGCUGAAUUAUAUUCCAUUGCAUAUAUAUCACAUUUUCUUUAUCCAUUUAUCUAUCGACAGACGCUUAAGUUGUUUCCAUAUCUUGGGUAUUGUAAAUAAUGCUGCAGUGAACAUAGGGAUACAGAUAUCUCGUCAAGAGAAUUAUUUCGUUUCCAGAAGUGGCAUUGCUGGAUCGUAUGGUAGUUCCAGUUUUCAUUUCUUGAGGACUCUCUAUACUGAUUUCCAUAGUAGCUGCACCAAUUUCCAUUCCCACCAGCAGUGCACAAGGGGUCCCUUCCUCCACACCCUCAUCAGCACUUGUUAUCUCUUGUCUUUUUUAUGACAACCAUCCUAAUAAGCAUGAGGUGAUACCUCAUUGUGGUUUUGAUUUGCAUUCCCCUGGUGUUGAGCACCUUUUCAUCUACCUGCUGGCCAUCUGAUUGUCUUCCUUGGAAACAUAUCUAUUCAGAUCCUUUGCCCAUUUUUUAAUUGAGUUAUUUGGUUUUUUGCUACUGAGUUGUAUGAGUUCCUUGCAUAUUUUGAAUAGAAACCUCUUAGUGAAUAUAUGGUUUGCAAAUAUUUUCUCCCAUUCUAUAGCUUACCUUUUCAUGCCGAUGGUUUCCUUUGCUGUGCAGUCGUUUUUUAGUUUGAUGUAGUCCCACUUGUUUAUUGCGCUUUUACUGCCUUUGCUUUUGGUGUCAGAUCCAAAGAAACCAUCACCAAGACUCUUCCCAUUCUGUUUGCAUGUGUCUCCCUGCCCUCUGGGAGCACCUCAUUCCCCCCCCAACCCCACUCCCUCUCUGAGACUCAUGGGGAGAGGCUGACAGUCUUCUCUCUCGAUGAUGCCAACUCCUGGAUUUUAGCUUGAAAUAAUUGUUCUCCUUUCCCAGUUCUAAAUCCAAGCCUUCUCUGGAUUAUUUUGUGCAAGGCAUGUUUCGUAUAAACUCUUUGCAGCUGGGACUUUUAAAAACCCAAUUUAAGUAUUUAACUUUUUCACAUAAAUUGUUACCACCAAUAUGUUUAGCCUUAUUUAUGCCAUUUUGUUUGUGUUUUCUGUGUAAUGUUUUCUUGUUCUUUCUUAUUUUGCUCCUUUUCAGCCUUGACUGAAUUUGU